UGGCGGGAAAAACAUCUGUUCAUUGAACAAAGAACAAAACACGACGCGUGUGUUGGUGUACAAGCUGCGCUCAGUUCUUCGUGUCUGAGACCUUGACAGCUUUUACUUUUGCUUUUUGGACAAGUUUUGUUCAACACGCGAACGCAAUUUCAAAAAAACCCGCUUCAGAGCCUCAUAAAUCUCGAUGUGGCUCAAAACAGUUUGCAGGAAAGCCGAUUUAAAUUUAAAACUUGUCCUAAGCGGAGGGCAGUGCUUCAGGUGGAAAGAAUGUGAGCCAGGAACAUUUAUUGGCGUAAUUGAUGACUUGGUGUGGCAAAUCAGAUGGAGCCCUGCCAUCGAGGACCAGUUGGAAUUUAGGGUGCAUGGAGGAGUGAAAGAGCAAGCUCCUGAUGAAGUGCAAUUGUCGAAGAAACUGAUCGAGUACCUCCGGUUGGAUGUCGCGCUGGACCCCUUGUACAAGUUGUGGGCCAAGAAUGACGAGCAUUUCAAGAAGGUUGUUGGGAAUGAAAAUUUCAAGGGUGUGAGAAUAUUGAAGCAGCAUCCAAGGGAAAACGUUUUCUCUUUCAUCUGUUCAUCCAACAAUAACAUCAGCAGAAUCAGCAGCAUGGUUGAAAAUCUAUGCAAGUUUUACGGCGACAAAAUAUGCCAAGUUGAAGGCCAAGAUUAUUACAGUUUCCCUAAAGUUGAACGCUUGGCUCAGCCAGGCGUCGAGAGCAAGCUUCGAGCAAAUGGAUUCGGCUAUCGAGCACCAUUCAUUCAAAAAUCCGCUGAAAAGAUUGUUGCCAACGGCGGUGAGGAGUGGCUUUUUAGCCUGACCAAGAUGGACUACCCUGAAGCGAAGCAAGAACUGAUCACUCUGCCAGGAAUUGGUCUCAAGGUUGCAGACUGCAUUUGCCUGAUGUCGCUUGGCCACCUCCAAGCUGUUCCGGUUGACACGCACGUGUUUCAAAUUGCCGCCAACUGGUACCUGCCUCACUUGAAGAAGAACAAGACCGUGACAGGCAAAGUGUACGAUGAAAUCACUGGCCACUUUCAAAAGCUUUAUGGACCACUAGCAGGCUGGGCCCACACUGUUCUUUUCUGCGCUGACCUGAAGAUGUUCCAAGAGACAAAAGCUACUAACGGUCCAUCUCCUAAGAAAAAGGCUGUGAAGCGAAAAGCAAAGAAAUAGCAUUAACCUUUUAUAAAUAAUAGUUAUUUUAAUAAG